CCUCACUCCUCUACAUUGUGCAGCGCGGAGUGGACAUGAUCCCGCCAUAGAACUGCUGCUGGAGAGAGGAGCACCCAUACUGGCUAGGACCAAGAACGGUCUCUCCCCCCUCCACAUGUCGGCCCAGGGAGACCAUGUGGAGUGCGUCAAACACCUGCUGCAGCACAAGGCGCCUGUUGAUGAUGUCACCCUGGACUACCUGACGGCGCUUCAUGUCGCCGCCCACUGUGGUCACUACCGAGUCACCAAGCUGUUGCUGGACAAGAGGGCCAACCCCAACGUUAGGGCUCUGAAUGGGUUCACUCCGCUGCACAUCGCCUGCAAGAAGAAUCGGGUGAAGGUGAUGGAGCUGCUGGUGAAAUACGGAGCCUCCGUCCAGGCCGUCACGGAGUCUGGUCUGACCCCCAUCCAUGUCUCAGCCUUUAUGGGUCACCUCAACAUGGUGCUGCUGCUGCUACAGAACGGAGCCUCGCCAGACAUCUGUAACAUCCGUGGUGAGACAGCGUUACACAUGGCGGCCCGUGCUGGUCAGAUAGAGGUGGUUCGAUGUCUCCUGAGGAACGGAGCUCUGGUCGACGCCAUGGCAAGAGUGAGUCAUUUAGUUUGUUAGUAACAGCUGGCCA